AUGGCCUACCUUUUGAUAGCUCCAAUUAUAUUUCUCCUCAUGUUUGAUCUAGCAUACUUUGCUAUCGGGUCUGCUAUAAAUACCAUAAUGGAAGUUAUCAUUCGAAUUGAACAUACUAAAAGAAAUAUUGAUAACGUCCAAACUACUACAACAAAGAAGUUGCUCGAUAGAGAACCUAAGGAUCAAGUGGAAGUGGAAAGUGGAAGUGAGGAAAAGUCAAAGGAUUUUCAUAAGAAACGCGUUACAAAUUCUGGAACAUGA